AUGGCUGACACAACUGUUUCUCACACAAACGGGCAUACCGUCCCAGAAACGGAAUAUCAUGGAACCGAAAAGAAGCUCGAAAGCUCCGUCUCAGCUUUGAGCUCUUCUGGAUCAUCAGACGCAACCCCAGAUGUCACCAACAGUUCAAAGUCGGAAGAACCCGAUGUCUCCAUUGCUCUGAACGCCGCCAAUAUUGCCGCCGUCCCCUCUCUGAUCAAAGACAUUAAUGCUCUGAGUGGUGACCUGGAUAGUGAUGACCCCACGGCGCGACUCAAGCUUAUGGCAAAGGCCAAGAGCCUUUGGCAGUCACUCGAGACUCCCAGAGAGACCAUGCUUCGCCAUGUCUGGGCUGAGCCAUCGCUUCACUGUGCCUUGACUGCUGGUACGGUCAAGGAAGUUUGGACUCAUGUCGCCAAGAUCGAUGGACCUUUCAAGGUCGCUGAUGUGGCGAAGGAGAAAAACAUUGAACCUGCUCUCCUUGCCCGCCUUGUACGACAUGUCUCAUCCAUGGGUUACAUCACCGAGAUUGAUCAAGAUACAUACCAAGCCACAAACUUUAUUAAGUCAAUGGCUUUCCCAUUCAUCAAUGCUGGAUACCCUUGCAUUUCCGGAGCUUGUCUAAACGCUCUUGGUCAAUUCCAUGAAUGGGCUGACAACAACUCCUGGAAGGACCCUACUGACAUCAGUAACUCUCCCCUUCAGCUUGGAUACAAAACAGAGAAGACUUUCUUCGAGCAUCUUCACACCAACCCACCAUACGGCCAGUUGUUCCAUCUUCAUAUGGGCGGCUACCGUCAAGGUCGACCGUCUUGGAUGGAUGCAGGUUUCUUCCCUGUUCAAGAAAAGCUUAUCGAUGGCUUUGAGAAGUCGGAUGACGCUGCUCUGCUGAUCGAUGUUGGUGGCUCUUUUGGUCAUGAUAUUGGAGAGUUCUGCCGCAAGUUCCCCGAUGCCCCAGGUCGUCUCAUUCUCCAGGAUCUUCCAGUCGUGAUUGACCAGAUCACCACCCUUGAUAGCAAGAUCGAGCGAAUGAAGUACGAUUUCUAUACCGAGCAACCUAUCAAAGGUGCCCGAGCAUACUACAUGCAUUCCGUUCUUCAUGACUGGUCCGAUGAGACUUGUCUGAAGAUUCUGGGACAAGUCAAGGCUGCCAUGAAGCCUGGAUACAGCAAGCUUCUGAUCAAUGAGAAUGUCAUCCCCAACACUGGCGCUCAAUGGGAAGCAACAGCAUUGGACAUUAUGAUGCUAACUCUCCUUGCGUCGCGGGAACGUACGCAACAGAACUGGGAGAAGCUGCUCGGAGAGGCUGGACUGAAGAUUUGCAAUAUUUGGACGGUCGCGAAUGGAGUUGAGAGUCUGAUCGAGUGCGAGUUGGCUUGA